CUGAACUGAAAUUCAUACACACACAACACAUUAUCGCUAGACGGGUCACAGCGCUGGUGAGUGGCGAGGGAAACGGUUAACUGUAUAUUAUAAUAUAUUAAUAUAUUAUAUUUAAUAUAUUUUAAUAUCAAAUCAAUUGCUAUAAAAAAUUAAAAAACCACCGCGACGUUACGGUUAAGUGUGAGUUUGUGUGUGUGACGUUUCGGUUUUUUGUUGGAUUCAAAUUUGGAUCGUGAAACGUCAAUUUGAAACCACUCGUUUGACGGACGUUGGCUUGGCCUACAUAACGGAAAUAUUAUGGUGACAUCCACUUUGGCUUUGUGAAAAAUCAGCAUAUACGUGCAAUUGUUGUCAACAAGAGAUGAAUACGAUAGGUUAACCGAGUAACGGUUGGUCAACCGGUUUGCACGACGGCCAUGAGCAACGGUUUCCGGUGUGAUGAAUGAGGACGAGAUAGCCGACAAAGUGUACGAGGAGAGAGAGCGCAUAGUGGACUUGUACAAAAACGGACCGAGUGACGGUACAAUUGUAGACCCCGUUGACGAUCCGGCCAUCAACGAUUACCAUAAACUCGACAGAUUUGGCUUCAUAUGUGAUGAAUCCAAACUCAAAAAGGAGGAUCCACAGGAGAUCAAAAUUGAACGGUUAAGAGAAGUCAAAUGGUUAAAAAUGAUAAAUAAUUGGGACAGCGUCCCUCAGGAAAAGCUCAAACGACGUGUUUACAAAGGCAUUCCAAAUGCGCUGCGCGGUAAAGUCUGGGCAAAAUUACUUCAGGUCGAUCAACUCACCGACGACCAAAAAAAUAAGUAUAAACAUAUGUGUGAAUUGGCGUGGGAGCAUUCGCCAGACGUGAGACAAAUAGAUCUGGACGUCAACCGGACGUACCGCGAACACAUCAAUUUCCGUAAACGAUACAAUCUCAAACAACAAGAACUGUUUAAUAUACUCUCUGCAUAUAGUAUUUAUAAUUUGGAUAUUGGGUAUACUCAGGGCAUGUCGCAAAUAGCGGCUUUGCUGUUGAUGUAUUUAAGCGAAGACGAAGCUUUCUGGGCAUUGUCUCAUCUUAUUUCAAAUUCUAAGUACAAUAUGCAUGGGUUUUUUAUUCCUGGUUUUCCAAAAUUGAUACGAUUUCAAGAGCAUCAUGACAAGAUAAUGAAUAAGCUACUGCCAAAAUUAAAAAAACACUUAGACAGAAAUGGAGUUGAAACUGGUUUAUACACAUUGAAAUGGUUCUUCCAGUGCUUUUUAGAUAGAAUACCGUUCAAAUUAACAUUAAGAGUGUGGGAUGUAUUUUUGUUAGAAGGAGAUAAAAUAUUGUCGGCUAUGGCGUUUUGUCUAUUGAAAUUACAUCGAAGUCAAUUGUAUACCUUAGGAAUGGAUGACAUACUUCAUUUUUUACAAGUAAAAUUGGAACAAAAUUAUCAAUACUCUCCUGAUUUUACCAUGGAAAAACUACAGGAAUGUUUGGUUGAACUAAAAAAAAGUAAGCUCGACACCGCUGGUCAGCCUUCUCAAAAUGAACAGCUGAAACGUGAGCUUGGAGUAUUCAACCCUAAAGAUAUUCCUGUCAGAAAACCCCAAACUAAUGGUGUGGACAAAACGAGACAGACUACCCAUGCCGAUCGAGUUCCUAGUUCACCCGAACAGGAUUUGCAAUAUCAAGGUUCGAUUAUUAAUGAAAAAAUCAGUUUGGACGACGAGAGUUCCAUUAUCGGAGACAGUUCUAGACGCUCGUUGUUGGACACCAGUGUCGCUUCGGCCGCUACCACGACCGUUUCUCCGCAAAGCAUUCAAAACGAAGACGAGGGAUCAGACGUGACGUGCACGAGUCCACAACCCGAUGUGCUUCGUAUUUACGUACCGUACGAUACUCCGACGAAAAAAUCACCGACUUCGCCCAUUACAAAUAAAAUAACCAUUCAAGUAAUGGACGAGAUGUCUACACCCAGCAUUUAGACAAAACUGUAUGUGCUUGAGGCAGCGUCUACUAGUGGUUUCUUUUUUUUUCUAUUAGUAGCACAUUAUUUUAUGGCUGUGAUAAAUGUGGUUGGUGCCUAUCUCACUUUUUAGUUUUUUUUAUGGUACUUCCCACACAUUUUAUUAUAAGAGUAACAUAUUUUUUGUACAUAACCUUUACCCGCAUUCGUUCAACAUUCCUUUUUAAAUUUGUAUUUAUUUAUCUUUUUUUUUUUUUUUUUUGUGGGUAUUAUUUCUGUUUAUUUUUAUUUCUUAAAUUGAGCUAAAUGACAAGUAGAAUUUACAAACAUCCAAACAUGUUUUGUCUCGGAGUUAACAAUAUUAGUAUUAUCCUUAAACAUCUCCAAUACAUUUCCAAAAUAUCUCGUCAAUUAUCAGGGCAAUAAUUUUAGCCUUUUUUUUCUCCAUUAAAAAUGCUAGUUGUAAAUGUAAAUAAGAUUUUCAGACUUUUAAAUUUUUUUUUUUUUUUUUAUUUAGUCUGCAUACAAUAUUAUUUUGGCCUGUUGGUUUAAAUUAUGACAUUUGAUCGCAAAAAAAAAAAACAUUUUCAUAUAAAAAAAAAUAUAUAUAAUGACUGUUAAACACCUUAUGUAGAAUGAAUCAAUAAAA